CUAUAAAACCGAGGCCCAGUCCCUCCAUCUCAAAAAUUUCAAGACUCAUGCUUGCCUUCUAAGCACGACUAGUUUGUUAGCUGAUAUCUCAUCAUCUCCUCCGAUCCGAUCCGAUCCUUCCUUUGAGCCUGUCUAGAUCUCUCUCUCUACAGUGGUCAACAUAAACUCGAUCUGUGCUUAGUAGACUGUAGAGGUAGAGCAAUCUUAAUAUACCAGAGCAGAUGCCGAUCGCCAGCAGUAGACUGCCAAAUCUUCCAGCUGGGUUCCGGUUCCACCCCACAGAUGAGGAGCUCAUCGUCCACUACCUCAUGAACCAAGCUUCCUCCCUCCCAUGCCCUGUCCCCAUCAUCGCCGAGGUCAACAUCUACCAGUGCAACCCGUGGGAUCUUCCUGCCAAAUCUUUGUUUGGAGAGAACGAGUGGUACUUCUUCAGCCCGAGGGAUCGCAAGUACCCGAAUGGCGCCCGCCCCAACCGUGCCGCCGGAUCGGGCUACUGGAAGGCCACCGGCACCGACAAGGCCAUCCUGUCGACUCCGACGAGCGAGAACAUCGGAGUGAAGAAGGCCCUUGUGUUCUAUGGGGGUAAGCCUCCCAAGGGCACCAAGACAGACUGGAUCAUGCACGAGUACCGCCUCACAGGAGCCAACAAGGGCACGAAACGUAGAGGAUCAUCCAUGAGGUUGGACGACUGGGUCCUCUGCAGGAUCUACAAGAAGAGCAACAAUUUCCAGUUCUCUGAUCAGGACCAGGAGGGCUCAACUGUGGAGGAAGAAUCCCUCAACAACAACAUGAACAGCACAAGCGCAGCCUCGCCCAACAAGUCUGACGCCAAUGAUCAUGAUGAUCAGUUCCAAUUCCAACCGACGACCAUGAGCAUGAGCAAGUCAUACUCGAUCACCGAUCUCCUCAACACCAUCGACUACUCGGCGCUCUCGCAGCUCCUCGAUGCCCCAGCUGAAGCUGAGCCACCGCUAAUCUACCCAACAACAACACAAACACACCAAUCACUUAACUAUAACAACAACGUGAUGAACAAUAACAGCCACUUCAAUCUGCCAGAAGCAGCAGACGCAUGUCCAGAUUACGUUGCGCCUAAUAACUGCAACGGUCUGAAGAGGAAGCGAGUGAUGACCAUGGACGGUGCUGAAUCCUCCUUCGAUGAUGGCAGCAGAAAAUUACUGAAGCUGCCAAGUGAUUCAAGGAGCAGCGGCCACGGCCAUUUUGUUGGCAGCACGAGCAGCUACUGCAACCAGCAGCUUGUGGACACGAGUGGCUUUCAGUACAGCAGCCUGCUGAGCUAUCCAUUCAUCGAGAUGCAGUAGCGUCGAUCUGUGCGCUACUAUUGCAACCAGCGAGAUGUUGAUGUGAAUUCAUACCACGGAAACUUCACUGGGUCAAACAAACAGAACUAGAAAAGACAUACUGGAUUGUUCCUGCUUGUGACCGGAAAAAUUCAGAAUUGCUCAAGCAUUUCGUUUUCAUUUUCAUUUAAAAGGUUGUAAAUUAGGGCCAGGUGUACGUACUACUGAAAGUCACGUGUGGAUGGGAUCAAUGAAGAAAAGCUAAAGAUGACCACGUUUCUUGUA